AGUUGCGGCUUCAUGUCACUCUCAUGCGUACCGACAAAGUGAAUGGCACACGGGCGCAGAAGUGACACCGAGAGAGGGAGAAGACUGUCUAACCAGAGCUGAAGCAGCGCACGGGGGAGAAGAAGAAGAAGGAGAAGAAGGAGAAGAAGCAGGAGGAGGAGAAGCGCGCGUGGGGAGGAUGAAGAUGAAAGCCGCGGGAGGCUGUGGUAGUAUCCCACCACCGGCGUCUCCAAAACGCAGGCUUUAGGACGCACGGGGGAAGUCGUUGAAUUUGGACCAGUUGAGAAAGUUUAGCGGCUGUAUACAAUGGUUAUAAAUGGGUCUCACCUGAACAGCUCGUCGGAGGACCCCAGUGACACCGUCCUGAACCGCCCGCCGUGGGUUACCACAACUUUGGGGUGCUUUCUCAUCUUCACUAUCGUGGUUGACAUCCUGGGCAACCUCUUGGUCAUCUUCUCCGUGUAUCGGAACAAGAAGCUGAGGAACGCAGGGAACAUCUUCGUGGUCAGCUUGGCGGUGGCAGACCUUGUGGUGGCCAUAUACCCGUACCCUCUGGUCCUCACCUCCAUCUUCCACAAUGGCUGGAACCUGGGAUACGCCCACUGCCAGAUCAGCGGCUUCCUCAUGGGCAUCAGCGUCAUCGGCUCCAUCUUCAACAUCACCGGCAUUGCCAUCAACAGAUACUGUUACAUCUGCCACAGCCUCAAGUAUGAUAAACUGUACAGUGACAAAAACUCGGUGUGCUAUGUGAUGCUCAUCUGGGCGCUGACUGUGGUGGCCAUCGUGCCAAAUCUGUUUGUGGGUUCACUUCAGUAUGACCCACGAGUUUACUCAUGUACCUUUGAACAGUCUGCCAGCUCGGCCUACACGAUCGCUGUGGUGUUCUUUCACUUUAUCUUACCCAUCAUGAUUGUCACAUACUGCUACCUGCGCAUUUGGAUACUGGUCAUACAGGUGAGGAGGCGGGUCAAGCCAGACAAUCGUCCCAAGAUAACGCCACAUGACGUUCGAAACUUUGUCACCAUGUUCGUGGUGUUUGUGCUCUUCGCCGUUUGCUGGGCGCCUCUCAACUUCAUCGGCCUGGCCGUAGCGAUCAAACCUGAGGUUGUGAUCCCGCUCAUCCCCGAGUGGUUGUUCGUAGCCAGCUACUUCAUGGCCUACUUCAACAGCUGCCUUAAUGCCAUUGUGUAUGGUGUGCUGAACCAGAACUUCAGGCGCGAGUACAAGCGCAUCGUAGUGUCAGUGUGCACGGCACGCAUCUUCUUCCAGGACAGCUCUAACGACGCGGGAGAGAGGCUCAAGAGUAAACCGUCACCGCUCAUGACUAACAAUAACCAGGUCAAGGUGGACUCUGUGUGAGCCAGAACCCUGAGGACACUGAGCGGACAUUAAUGGAUAUGCUGUGACGGAGCAAAAAAAAAGAAAAAAUCAGAGUGAGAAAAAUACCAAAUAUAAAUAUAAAGCUUCUAUCCACUGAGCUGUCCGUAGACUGUCUUAUGGUGCUAACUGACCUCUGAACAAUCACAGUAAAAACAGGGGCGCAUACUAUCUUUGUCUUUUAUCAAGCACUUUGGUUUGACUCUGCAGUACCUGUAGUACAGUAAAUAUAUGAUGUCCGUUUUGUUUUCAUGUUUACAGUGAUUAUAUAAAUGUAUCAUGCAUUAUAUAAGUAUUUAUUUUGUAUGAAAUGUCAUGUAGUUCUAUAGUAAAAAUAUAUCAGGUUUCAGUUAAAUGAAGACACAUUUUAUCAGGCCUAUAAAACGUUUCUGCAAAACUUGGUUGAAAAUAUAUCCAGAAGUUUAUGACGAAGUCAACCAAUUUUAUUAACCUCAUUUGUGACACUGUAACACUAAUUGAGUGCAAGCGAUGUGGGUUGCUGCUGUCUUAUUAUACCCUGCAAUACAUAAGGUGGAAUAUGUACUUUAUUAUCUCUCUCUCUCUCUCUCUCUCUCUCUCUCUCUCUC